AUAAAAUUCUAAUUUCGUUUUUAUUCUUUAUUAUUACUAUAAAGUCCAACUUGUCCAUCAUUUGCAAUGGAGCCAAAGAUUCAUUAUUUUUUGGCUUGAGAUUAUGAUGGAAUAAAGCAAAAUGGCUCACUAAACUGUUUGCGCUUCUUUGUCAUGAAGCAGCAGUCAGUCCAUGCAAUUUUGGACGGGAUUUUUACUAUGGGUCAUCCGGAAACAGUCUCUCUGUGCUUUAGUACAGGGGUAAGACUGCGCACAUCCGACCCCCCCUUACCCCACCGUAGGUGAGAGCCUUUGCGGCACUAGGGUAAAUGAAAAUGAUUACUAUAAAGUCCAACAAUAUUACCAAGUCCAUAUUUUAACUAAUUUAUCUAUUUAACUUAUAAAUUUAGUUAAACUAGUCCAAUAAGGUCAAGAGAGAAACUCUGGCGAUUGACGUAUGACUGUUUCAGCGACGGAAGGGGUGACCGCUCCUCCUCCACCUACCAAGGUGUGGGGAGGCCGGUCUUUUGCGGAUGUUGUGUCUGGUAAUGGCAAGGAUCUGCCCUUAUCAAAGAAGUGUCCAGAUCGUUUCAAAGGGAUGCCUUCCAUCACCUUUCCAUAGGAGGAAAUUCAAUUGCUGGCAUCCCAACAUUCUAAAGACUUGGUCGGUUACUUUUUUCCUGGACGUCCUUCUAUGUUGUCUUUACGUAAGGCUUUUGAUCUAAUUGGAUUUAAGGGAAAGUUUCAUUUGGGCAUUCUGGAGAAAAAACACAUUUUAAUCAGAUUUGAAUUAGAAGAUGAUUAUGUUAGAUGUUGGAACCGUCAGGUUUGGGAUAUUUUUGGAAGUGCUAUGCGAGUUACUAAAUGGACACCCGAUUUUAAACCAAAUCUUGAAUCUCCUGUGGUUCCAGUUUGGUUAACCUUUGAGAAUCUUCCGAUUCAUUUGCAUGAUAAAAGGGCAUUGUUUGACAUAGCAGGGAUGAUUGGUAGGCCUCUCAAACUUGAUGCAGCGACUGCAUCAUUGGCUAGGCCAUCUAUGGCUAGAGUUUAUGUUGAACUUGAUCUUACUGGUGAAAUGCCUAAUAAGGUCUGGAUUCAGUGUGGGUCUCAUGGUUUCGUUCAAACAGUGACAUAUGAGAACAGGUCAUCAUAUUGUACAAAAUGUUAUCAUUUGGGGCAUUCAGGUGCUACGUGCCCCAAGAGGUCUGGGGGGAUAACAAUUGAAGGCCAAGUUCCUAAGGAGAAUUGGGUUGCUAAACCUAAUUACCAAAAGGAUAAAAAACUUAUUACAGACGGGAAGAAGGGGAAUGGGAAAGCAAUUGACAUGGAUAAGGCUGAAAUUACACAACAUAUUGUCUCCAUUACUAAUGCCCUGGAUCAGCCAUCUACAUCUUAUGUGAAUUUGGAACCUCAAGACUCUAAUCCUGCAAAGGCUAUCCCUCAAGACUCUAAUCCUCCUUGGAGACAUUCCACAUAUCUGAGAAGGCAAGCAGGGACCCCAAAUUUUAUGCUAGCAAGGAUGAUGUGUUUACCACAGUUUUGAGGAGCUACCUGAGGAAAGAUAAAGAGAUGUCUCAAAAGACACACUAUUCAGAUGGUGACAUAGUUCUUCCACAAAGAUGUAGUAAUAUUCUAGACAAUUGGGAGGAGAUUAAAGCUAGGGUGGAUAUAAUGUCUAAAAGGUUAGCUGCAGAGGAAGUUACUCAUAAAGAUAAUCUGUCUAUUAUAGGCAAUGGAGAAAUUGCAGAAGGGUUUCAACAGGCAACUUCAAAAACAGAGAAUGCUAGCAUUAAAGAAAAGAAUCAGAAUGCACCUUCAGUUAAACCUCUGCAGAUUGAAUAUGUUAUUGAAUCACAGGAUGCAUCAGGUACUCAUAUGGGGGUUCAAUCUAGCAAACAACGAGGGGAUGAUAAUGAUGGUUUUACACAAGUUGCUAGGAAAGCUUCAAGAAAAACAAACUUUGCACAGGAUAAUAAUCAGAAAAGGUUCACUAGAAGUGCAGCAAAAGAUUUACCUCCACUUCCUGUUUCUCAAUGAAUUGGCUGAUUUGGAAUACUAGGGGUCUAGAAUCCUCCAGUUCUAGACUCAAUUCCCUAGUUAAUCAAUGGAGAUUAAACUUUUUAGUUGUGAUUGAACCUAUUGUUAGCAAUGCAAGGGCAGAUCAUUUUAAGAAAAUUCUGGGGAUGAAUGAGGUUAUUGUUUCUCCCCUUACCAAAAUUUGGAUUUUCUGGGACAAUGAAAAAGUUACCAUUUCAGAUGUGAACUGGCACCCUCAGUUUGUUCACUUUAGAGUCCAAAGCAGCAUUUUCAAAGGGUGGUGUACUGCGAUCUAUGGUGGACAUACCUACAUUGUUAGAAGAGAGUUAUGGGAAGGAAUUGUAAAUAUUUCAAGAAAUAUGAAUGAACCCUGGAUGGUGGGGGGUGAUUUCAAUGAAAUUGCUGCCUUUAGUGAUCACAAAGGUCAUACAUUACCUGUCUCUUAUGGUAUGAAUGAGUUUUGUAACUGUAUUGCUGCCUCUAACCUCUCUGAGCUUUCUCAAUCUGGCCAUCACUACACCUGGUCUGGAGUUAGAGCAAGGGGGAGAGUAUGGAGAAAGAUUGAUAGGUGUCUAUUCAAUCAACAUUUCAUAGACAAUUAUGAACAAAUACAGGUUGAUAUGUUGAACAGAUCGCCUUCUGAUCAUUGCCCUAUGUUGAUUCAAAUAAAAAAUAGAUGUCUUUCUGGUCCUAAGCUCUUUAGAUUUCAAAAUAUGUGGACAUCUCAUCAUUCUUUUAUGACUUUUGUGGAAAAUAAAUGGAAAUCUUAUGAUACUGUUGGAGGUAUGAGAGGGAUGUGCUUUAAACUUCAAAUGCUUAAAAAAGACCUCAAAGUCUGGAACAAGAAUGUGUUUGGGGAUAUUUUUGCAAACAUUAAAGAAUGUGAGCAGGAGGUUCUGGCUGCAGAAAAGGUCUUUGAGGAGGAUCCAAGUGAAGGAAACAAGGUUGAUUGGUCUUUCAAAAGAAGUCUGCUGCUCCAAAAGUAUAAAGUAGAGAAGAAGUUUUAUAGAUAAAAGGAAAAUAUCAGGUGGAUCAAGGAAGGGGACUCCAAUGCUAGUUUCUUUCAUAAUUAUGUAAAGAUCAGAAACAAGAAGCAGAUAAUUACCUCUAUUGGAGACUCUGAAGGCAACAGUUACACCACUCCUUCUGAUAUAGGAGAUGUAACAGUGAGCUACUUCUCUUCAUUAUACUCUGCAGAUCACCCCACUGGUAAUAAUCAAAUUUUGGAUAUUAUUCCUACCUUGAUUACUCAAGAAGACAAUGAUUUUCUUACUAAUCUCCCUACCAUGGAAGAAGUUAAACAGGCUGUUUGGAGUCUUAAUCCUAAUAGUGCUGCUGGUCCUGAUGGAUACAAUGGGAAAUUUUUCAGAAAAUGUUGGUCUUUUUUGAGUUUAGAUGUAUUAAAAGCAGUCCAAGAGUUUUUUAUGGGUUUACCUAUUCCAAAGGGUUUUGCAAGUGCUAUGUUGGUGCUAAUCCCUAAGAAGGACAACCCCAAUACUUUUGCAGAUUUCAGGCCUAUUUGUCUUUCAAGUUUCUUAAGUAAAAUCUGUACUAAAGUUAUUGUUACAAGGCUUGACAGUAUUUUACCUAAGAUCAUAUCUAAAGAACAUGCUGGAUUUAUGAAACAAAGAGACAUUGCUGAUCAAGUUCUUAUUGCUCAAGAAAUGAUUCAUUGCAUUGAUAAAAAGAUCAGGGGCUCUAAUUUGGUGGUAAAGCUUGACAUGGCUAAAGCUUUUGAUAGACUAUCUUGGCAGUUUCUUUCUGAUAUUCUGCUUAAGUUUGGUUUUACUCCUAUGUUUGUCAAGCUGGUUAUGAAUAAUCUACAAGCUACUAGGCUCUCAGUCCUGAUCAAUGGCUCUCCUUAUGGUUUUUUUAGGCCUAGUAGGGGGGUUAAACAAGGUGACCCCCUAUCACCUUAUCUCUUUAUUAUUGCUUCAGAGGCUUUUUCAAGGGGUAUUUCUAAGUUACUUGAACAAGGGAAAGUAAAACCUUAUUGGAUUGGAAAUUCUGGAGUUCCCAUCUCUCACCUAGGUUAUGCUGAUGACCUAUUGGUUUUUCUAAAUGGAGACUCAGGAUCUAUUCUGAACUUUAACAAGUUCUUGCAGGAUUACCAAAAAAGCUCUGGCCAGACUAUUAAUUUAGAUAAAAGUCUUUUCUUGUGUGGAAAAACAUCUCUUAGAAGAAUCAAUCAGAUAAAAGAGCUACUAGGGAUGAAAGUUGCUUGCCUUCCUAUCAGGUACUUGGGUGUUAACCUGCAUAAAGGAGUAAACAGAUUUGAGUAUUGUGGACAGAUUAUUAAUCAGUUUGGAAAGAAGCUAAAUACUUGGAAUCAGAAGAAUUUAUCACAAGGGGGGAGGCUGAUUUUAAUCAAACAUGUAUUAAAUUCAAUCCCCUUGCAUGGUUUAGCAGUUGACAGCAUUCCCAAGAGAGUUAUUAAGAUACUCAAUAGCAAAAUGGCUUCUUUCUUUUGGGGUUAUUCAAGUGAUAAGAAAAAAUUUCACCGGAUUAAAUGGGUAAAUCUUUGUUAUCCUACUGAGGAGGGUGGCCUAGGGAUCAGGUCACUAACAGAUAUUGAAAAGGCUUUCACUCUCAAGCUUUGGUGGAAAUGGAAAACAGGGAAGUCUAUUUGGACUGAUUUUAUAAAAAGCAGGUACUGAUUCUUCAAUAUGGAGAAGGAUAUGUCAUGUUCAUGAAUAUGCUUCCUCAUUAUGUUCUCAAACCACCAAUGGAACUAUCAUCUGGAAUGAAGAGACAAAUGGUCAAUUUUCCAUAAAAUCUGCAUACAAUGAAGUGAGGAACAACACUCUGCCUACCUUUUCAUUCAAACAUCUCUGGAGCCCAAAGCAGGAACUUAAGAUCACCCUUUUGCAAUGGAAGAUUCUCAAAAAUGCUCUGCCGUUCCCCGAAAAGUUAAAUCAGUUACAUAUCAUAUCAAAUCCUUCUAUCUGCUAUUUUUGCAGAAAUAGCAUUUCAUCUCUGGACCAUGUUUUCUACAAUUGCAAUAUAGUGAAACCUAUUUGGGUUUAUUUCAUGAGUAUUUUGGGUAUUACUAUACCUAGGAGUACUACGUCUAUUACUCAGGUGUUCAGAAAUUGUUGGCUCAGUACUGGCUCUUUAGACCUUCUGGAUAUUUUCAGGCAAAAUAUUUCGGGUAUUAUCUCCUGGAAUAUUUGGAAGGUGUUUUCAAAUUUACAGUGGGGAGAAGGGAAUGCCAUUUCAACUACUACAGGUAUCAUUCAAGCUAUUAAACUCUACACACAGGCCUGGUCUCACUCUCUCAAAGGGGUUAAAACUCACUCGGUUGACAAGAUUCUGUAUGAGGAACAUAUAAUUCCUAUGGAUUUCCGUAGUAAUAUCUAUACCUUCCAGAUCUUGAAAUGGGGAAAACCGAAAAGAAUGGUUAAACUGAAUACGGACGCUCGUUACUUAUCUGGUUUGGCGACGGGAGGUGCGAUUCUGAGGAAUCGUUGUGGUCAGCUUCUUCGAGCGGUCAGUUUUGAGGUGGAAGCUUCAUCUGCGUUAGAGGCGGAAUUGAAGACCAUUUCCCAGGCGAUACAGUGGGCGAUGGAAGCAGGGUAUAGCGACUUUGAGGUGGAAACAGAUUCAGCUUUGGCGGUGCAACUUCUUCUGGACACUGAGGUGCGGAGAUGGAGAGAGCUUAUUCAGGAAACCAUACAGGCAGUGAAUAGGAAACGCCUAUCCAUUCGACAUGCCUAUCGAGAGACCAACGGUGCAGCCCAUUUUUUUGGCCCAAGCUCAUUCAGGCCAAAUGCAGGAAUUUCUUAGCCCAAAUAAUUUACCCCCGAUGGUUAGACGGGCUUAUUUUAUGGAUCUGUUUGGUAUUGCUUCUUUUCGAUUGCAUUAAUUUUUUAAUUCUUUUUUACAUUUGUAUUUUUUACGAGGUUUUGGUAUAGUCCCCCUCGGUCAUUGCAAUUCCAUUUUAUUAUAAUAAAAUUCUGGUAUCUGACUCCCGGCAUUUACCCCACUGAUUUUAGUGGUUUGCCUUCCGGGAUAAAAAAAAGUCCAAUAAGGUCAAUUAACUAAAUUAUUAAGUACACAUUACUUAAUUAAAUUAUUUAUAUUAGUCCACUAAGUUUUAUGAGUUCAAAUAGUUUAACAACUUAUAUGAAGUUCAAAUCAAUAAUAAUCAAGAAUAAUAGUUAUUAAUUUAAUCAAACUAAUUUAAUUAGUCCACUAAUUGAAUAAUUUAUUUAUUAAGUCCAAAUAUAGUCAUUCACUUAUGCUAGCUAACCCAAUUUUAUUUAGUUUUUAUUAUUUUAUUCCAAACAUCAUUUUUAGUCCAGAAUAUUAUUUUCAAUCUCAGUGAUUUAUUUAUUUCACCAUUAAUAUCAAAAUUUCCUUAUUUAAUUACUUAACUAGUUUUAUAUGGCUCAAUUAAAUUAAAUUGCUUAAGAAUCGACUUUAUAAAUUAAUAACCGUUCAUAACUAUAUUUUGGGUCUAUAUUUGACUUAGGUUGUCCAUAUAUUUAUUUUAGAAUUAUUUUCUUUAUUUAUUCAUUUAAUUUCAUAUAUCUAUUAUCCGGUUUAAUUACAAUUAAAUAUACUAAUCAUAAUUUUUACUAAAUAUAAAUGGUCCCAAAUGUCCUAGUUAGUCAUAUAAUUAAGCUAGCUUACUCCAAUAUUUAUUUCAUAAUUUAUUUCGUCAUUUAGUUAAUUAUUUACUAAAUAUGUACAAAUUGGCCAAUUUACAAUUAAUUCAAUCAAAAAUAGCUAAAAAUAUUGUAUUUCAAUUCAGGUUGGUCCGAAUAUGUAUAUUUAUACUAGGUAUUUAAUUUGUAUUUUUCCAGAUUUUAUUUAUUUCAUUUACUAUUUUAUUUUUAAUUUUUAUUGAAAAUGGGCUGAACCGGCCAAAUACGCGACCCGGCCCAAGAAGACUGGGUUGUCUUCUUCCCAGCUCUUCUCCAGGUCGCGAUUUCAGCGACCGAAAUUACGAAAACUUCGAUGAGCGAUAACUUUACUUACAGGUAACGGUUUUUGACGAUUCAAAUUGCAAAAUGAUCCUGACGUCGAUACGAAGCUCCGUCACCCCUAUCUACGGUCAAAUAUCCGCUUUUUCUGAAGACCCGUUUCCACGGCUUGCAACUCCGACGACGCCUAAGCAACUCCGGUGACUACGAAUCGGUCUGGAAUUUAUUGGGAAGUAUUCCUAGACUUCUCACGACUCUCCUCUCUUGCUUAUAAGCAAUUUCUUACGUAAAUAUAUAUGUGUAUAUUUCCGGCGACCUAUAUGUAUAUAUAUGUAUAUAGGUUUUCUCACUCGUUUUCUUCAGUUUGUAGUGAUUUAGAAUGGAAAGAUAUCUUUAUUUAUAGCUGUAGAUCGAGCCUUGUGAGCUGUGUGAAUUAUUGUGAAUUAUUUUUUUUAUAAUACAUUUUCAUAAUUCAUAAUGUAUAUACAUUAUAUGAUAGGUGUGAGAUCAUGAGGUUGGUUCCUAGCAUGUGAAGAUGUUUUCCAGAUCUUGAUGAGUAUCAUUGUUAAUAUUUUAUUAUCAAAAUACAUAUUAAUACUUUAAUAGAUGUAUGUGUUUCUAUGUAUAUAUAUUAUUUAUAUAUAUUUUGUAUAUGAUUUUUAUAUCUUAUCAAAAUACACAAUAAUACUUUAAUAUAUGUAUCAUGUGUGCGUUAUAUAUAUUAUACUCCGUAUAUGAUUUUUAUUUCAUCUUAUAUCAUUAUGUUUGGAACAUACUCUGUAACGUACUGUUUCUACAUUUUCGGUUUAGACCAAAUCAGUCCUGAAGUACAAAAUGUCCAUUCAUAAUUUUAACACUUUUGCUAACAGUGUUAGUGUUUAUAAAGUUAGUUAUAAUAUUUUAACAUUUAUUUUCUUUUAAUUUGCCAGAUAUGUUUUAUCUGGUUUAUUUUUAUUUUAUUUUUGUUUAAAUUUUCGGGGUAUCACAACCACUUUGCUAGAGUUCUUAUCGAAGUGGAUGUUUCAAAACCACCAACACUAUCAUUUCCUAUACAACUACCUUCCCGUAAGGUAAUCAAACAGUUUGUGGUCUAUGAAACUUUUCCCAAUUUUUGCUUUCAUUGCAAAGAAUAUGGGCACCACCCAUUUAUUUGUAAAAAACUAACAAAGCAGGAUGUUGUGGAGAUAAUUGAUAAGGAAAAAACUAUUGAUGAAGUUGAAGAACCAAAUAAUAAAGUGGGAAGUAUAGAGGAGGAGGUAAGUGGUGACAAGAGGGAGAAAAUCCAGGCUGUCCCUAAGCCUUCAAAGACGCAUGCUAAAGUGCCAGAAAAGGAACUCGCUGUGUCACCAUCUGCCACACCAGCUGCCACGCCGGCUGCCAUGCCGGUCGCCACGCUAGCUGCCAAGCCGGCAGCCUUGCUGGCUGCCAAGAAGACUGCCAAGACAAAGCCUGGUCGGUGCAUGUCGCGCCUUACCCACCCGGGUAUCCCUAGCCCGACCGGGUUUCAUAAACUGACGGCUAGGUUCCGUUUUGUGGGCCACUGAUUUGGAUUGUGGAGAUCUUAUUUAAAUUACUGAUUAUGUGAAAUGGGGUUUGUCCAAUUAUUC